CUACUUCCAGCUGAAAAAUAGUAGAGAGAGAAAAGAGAGAGAAAAGCACUCGUAUCUCCCCAAUUUGGUAAAAGCAGUAAAUUCCCUGGCAACCAAUAUCAUCCCUCGUUUCUUCUUGCUUUAUAUCUCACUUUAUCAUUUUUCCGACCGGGCCCCUCUCUUUCUCUCUCUAUGGAUCUGUAAUGUAUAAUCAAACGAUGGCGCCUUAACGAGGAGGUGCGUGUCUUUCUCAUCUCGCAUAUCCCUUUUCUCGAUCGUUUCCUUUAGGGUUUAUCUUUAGUUCUCAUAUUCCCCUCUAAAAAUAGCAAAAUGCCGCCUUUCUCUCUCCUCACCAUCAUUUCUAGAAACCCUGAAUAAUAAUAAGCAUAAGCAUAGAUAGAUCCGUUUAUCUAUUUGUAUGCCGGUUUAUUCCGUGUGUUGUUCAGAAUAGAAAUUAAUUAUGGCAAGAGAGAAGAUUCAAAUCAAGAAAAUCGACAACGUGACGGCAAGGCAGGUCACCUUCUCCAAGAGAAGAAGAGGCCUUUUCAAGAAGGCUGAAGAGCUCUCAGUCCUCUGCGACGCCGACGUCGCCCUCAUCAUCUUCUCUUCUACCGGAAAGCUGUUUGAGUAUGCUAGCUCCAGUAUGAAGGAGAUACUCGGAAGGCAUAAUUUACACGCCAAAAACCUUAACAAAUUGGAGCAGCCUUCCCUCGAGCUGCAGCUAGUAGAGGAUAGCAACCAUGCCAGACUAAACAAAGAAGUGGCUGACAGAACCAAUCAGCUUAGGCGCAUGAGAGGUGAAGAUCUUCAUGGAUUAACUAUUCAAGAGCUGCAGCAGCUGGAGAAGGCACUUGAACUUGGCCUAAGCCGCGUCAUUGAUAAGAAGGGUGAGAAAAUCAUGAAUGAGAUCAGUCAACUUCAAGAAAAGGGAAUGCAGCUCUUGGAAGAAAACAAACGACUACAGCUGCAGGUGAUAGAUUUAACAAAUAAUGGGGCAAGGAGAGUGGCGAUAACUGCAGAGUCAGAUACUAUAAUGUACGAGGAAGGGCAGUCGUCUGAGUCUUUCACGAACGCUGGCAACUCCUUCGGCCCUCCACAAGAUUAUGACAGCUCGGAUACAUCCCUUAAGCUUGGGCUGCCUUACAAUGGGUGAUGAAACUCAACUUGGAUGAGUUGGUGGCUAAUUUACCAAAUGAUGACUUAUUUUAAUGGAAUUUUAAAACUAACUACAAGCUCAGCUAGAGCAAUAUGUAGACUCUUGUGAGGUGCAUAUUAAUUCUAUGUUUAUGUAUCCUAUAUGUAUGUACAAACAAAUUUAAUUAUAUAGACUUCUCUUGAAGACAAA